UAAAUUGAAAUGUAAGCUGGCAACUAUGGCUAAUCAUAUGUUGCGUCUUCUUCUUCUCAAACAUUUUUACGUAAAAUUAGCACAAUGAGUUUUAUCUCACGUUUUCUAAAUUUGCGUUCAUUAUGCUCUAGUACAGCUAAACAUGCCGAACAAACAAUACACAGUUUGCUGAUCAGCCGUUUUCCUCAGGCAACUGUCAAAGUAACCGACGUGUCCGGUGGCUGUGGCGCUAUGUUUGAAGUUUUUGUUGAGGCUCCUGAAUUCAAAGGCUUAAAUACAUUAAAACAACAUAAAAUGGUAACCAAUACUCUCAAGGAACAGAUUAAGGAGAUGCAUGGUGUACGUAUUCAUACAUCCAUACCAGAUAAAAACUAAAUUCUUAAAAAUGUUACUUUAAAUAAUAAAUUUUAGUUAUAUUUUUGAUUUACGACGCCAUCAAAA